GCAAAGCUCGAUAAAAGCAUUCCUAUUACUUCAUCUCAGAAAAGACAGCAGAAUGGCCAUGCAUUACUUUCUGGCUCAAGUGGCUUUUGCUUUACUCGCAUCUUAUAUUUUGAAGACGUGUAUCUACCGCCUGUUUCUGAGCCCGCUGUCUAGACUGCCAGGUCCGAAGCUAGCUGCUCUCACAUACUGGUACGAGUGUUAUUAUGAUGUGAUCAAGCCCGCUCAAUAUGUUUUCAAGAUCAAAUCAUUACAUGAUCAGUAUCGCCCAGUUGUUCGCAUAUCGCCAACAGAGGUAUCAAUCGCGGACCCGAAAUAUCUAGAGACACUAUAUGCCCCUGGAUCUGGUCACAAACGUGACAAAGACUCUGAAAAGGUUAAGGCGCUGGGGAUAAACUCGUCUAUUGGGGGCGCGGUCGCUCACGAUCUGCAUCGGAGGAGGCGCGACGCCUUGAAUCCGUUUUUCUCGCACUCGAGCAUCGUAAAGCGUGCGCGAACAAUUGAAGAAAAGGCUCGGAAAUUGGAGACAAUCUUUGAAAUGACCUCGGAGGUGAAUCUCUCCGACGUCUACUUCGGCUUCGCUAAUGAUAUCGUGAACGAAUUUUGCUUUGGCCAUAGUACGAAUCUCCUUGAUGAUCUCGCACUUGCCAAUAUUAAGCGCGAGAAUGUCGAUGGCGUCCUCCGUUCCGUCAAGUUCAACUUCCACUUCUCCUGGGUGCGAGACCUGAUGCGUAGACUUCCGUCUAACAUAGCGCGCCGAUUCAUUCCCUCUGGAAUCGGCGACAUGAUCCGUUUUCGUAUUAGCAUCCGGCAAGAAAUCGAAAAGGUACUCAGUCAAAAUCGUGACGGCAACGACAGCGAUGCUUUGACCAAGGCAGAAGAUAGAAAUCCACCAUCCAUCUUCCACGAAUUGCGAAACAGCCCCAAACUUCCCGCAUCAGAGAAAUCAGCCCAGCGUCUCGAAGACGAGGCCACACUUCUCGUCAUGGCAGGCACUCAAUCUGCUCAGUUAUCACUAACGCUAGCACACUAUCACCUCCUCGCCAACCCGUCCGUUAUGGCCAAGCUUCGCGAGGAACUCACUUCGCACCCCUCCGAGACACUAGCAGAGCUUGACAAACUACCGUAUCUCAACGCAGUCAUUCAGGAAGCGCAUCGUCUCAGCUUCGGCCUAACAGGGCGUAAUGCCCGAGUAUGUCCCGACGAAUCCCUGCAUUACAUCGACGAAGCAACAGGGCGCAGGUAUACCUUUCCGCCGGGGACAUCCCUCAGUAUUUCCACACUCUUGGUUCACGCUAACGAAGACAUCUUUCCGGAACCUUUCACAUUCGAUCCCGAGCGAUGGCUUGGCGCUGGUGCCGGGCUCCGCAAGUACCAGAUGGCGUUCUCCAAGGGCCCACGAGCGUGCAUCGGCAUGCACCUUGCGAAUGCCGAGAUGGCGGUGGCUAUGGCUGCGAUGGCACGGUGGAAUAUGAGGCUUUUGGACACUGGUUAUGAAGAUGUGGCUUUCCUACAUGAUUACCAUAUUGCUACGCCGAAGCUAGAUUCGAAAGGGGUACGGGUUAGCAUAGUCCGCACAAGCUAGGAGAUAUUCUCACUCGGCUCAAUGUAUUCUACAUUAUCUUUAUUAAUAUUUUGAUUCCACGAUAUCUUUUAUGAUUUCAUUGAACUGAAGCGUUUUACAAGACAAAUAGAUGGAAUGAGGUGUAAGAAUUGAAAGAGCA